UGAAAACUCCAGUCACAAGAUCAACCUCUCCUCUCUGCUCUUCCGGACUCUCUGCACAACAUCUAUCAUGUUUUAAAUGGUCAUUUCAUCUAUCCACGAUGCAAAGCUUUCACUUCUCGUUGCUGCUGUUAGCUUCAGUGCUAGCUCCAGGAAUGACAUGGACAGAUGAUGGUGAUGUUAUUGACUUGGCUGGAUUUUUAAAAAGCAUCUAUCCGGGAUUCUUGGUGCGAGAUGAACCUUUAGUUGGAAAUCAGGAGGUGAAUUUAGAUGUUCCAGAAUAUAGCCAAACUCCGGAUGAGGAGAAGGUGGAGUUUGGUGGGGUUUCAGGGCCAGUAGUGUUGACCAAAGAUGGGCAGAUUCGUGGUUUGACCCUGGACAAAGCGCAUGUGUUUUAUGGGGUCCCAUAUGCUGGGCCUCCUACAGGGGCGUAUCGCUGGAAGUCUCCCAGGCCUGUGAACCCGUGGUCGGGUGUGUAUGAUGCCACCUCCCCCCGAGCGGCGUGUAUGCAAGCCUGCACUGGUCCCAUCACAGAGGAGUGCCCCAGACAUGUGAGUGAGGACUGCCUGUACCUGAACGUUUUCGUGCCUCUGGAUGUGAACCUGACUGUGCCCCUCUGGACCCACCUCCCAGUGCUGGUUUGGAUUCAUGGGGGGGACUUCAUCGCCGGCUCUGCCUCCAAGCCUCUGUACGAUGGCCGCUUCCUCAGUAACUUCACCCACACUGUGGUGGUCAGCAUGGACUACAGACUGGGGGCGUUUGGUUUCCUGGUGUCGGGGAAGGACCCUCUCACGUCUGCAGUGGGUAAUUAUGGGAUACUGGACCAACAGGCCGCUCUGCUCUGGGUCCAACGCAACAUUGCAGUGUUUGGAGGGGAUCCUGGGAAGGUGACCAUAUUUGGGGAGAGCGCUGGGGCUCAGUCUGUGAGUCUUCACCUGAUGAUGCAGAGCAGUGCUCCUCUGUUCAGACAGGCUGUACUCCAGAGCCUACCUUUUUCCAUACCACUCAAAACCAGACAUGAUGCAGUGAAGUUGGGGAAGAGUUUUGCUCGUCAGACAAACUGCUCAGUGAGUGACCUGGUGUGUCUGCUGUCUCUGUCAGCUCAGGACGUGCUCGCUGCACAGAUGAAGACCAGUGCGAAGUUGGUGAACCCGUUUCGUUUCCUGGAGGUGUUUGAGACGUGGGGGCCAUUUGUAGAUGGAGAUAUGAUCAGAGAGCAGGCUGUGGAGGCUUUUCAGAAGGGCCACUGGCAGAAGGACAAGCCCGUGCUGCUGGGCACGACGUCAGAGGAGGGUGUUCUGUUUGUGUAUGCCGUCUUUAACAAACCAGUGUCUGCAGUGGAGAGCACGGUCUACAUCACAGCCAUCUUUAAACAGCACGCUCUCCGGAUCCUGCACAAGUACCUGCCUCUGUACCAUGAUGCAGACAGGAGGAACAUGCUUGCACAGAUCGUGACAGACUACAUCUUCUUGUGCCCGGCUCGCCACUCCGCCCGCUCCGGGGUGGCAUCUGGCAGCCAUGUUUGGAUGUACGUGUUUGAUCAUGUGACCUCGGAUCACCGCGUGUGGUCUGGACUCUCCUUCUGCUAUCAGCAUGUCUGCCAUGGUGCAGAGCUGCCCUUCGUCUUUAACUCCGCCCAGGUGGCCAAUGUGAGCAUGACGCCUGCAGAGAGGCUGCUGUCCAAUCGAAUGCUGUGUUACUGGGGAGCGUGGGCCCACACCGGGGAUCCCUCGGCACGGGCGGGGCAGACGGGGUUCUGCCGGGAGCAGAGGUUGCCUCUGUGGCCAAGGUACUCAGACACUUCAGGGUGGCUCCUCAUGAACCUCACUGUGAGGUCCCACGCUCAGGUCGGCACCAGGGAGCACAUCUGUGACUUCUGGGACAAACUUGGCAUUUACUAGACUCACAGAUGUAUUAUUAUUAUAAUAUAUGUAGUAUAUAGGGUAGAGCGUGUGUAGAGAGAACAGAGCUUACGUUGUGACCAAAUGUCCUUCCAAAUAUGAAAUUGCCAGGGAAUCUGUAAUUUCCACACAAACAGCACAAGAACUAGAGUUACACUUAAAUCAAUUAUUUUAUUUUUAGAAUGUGUUUU